AAGCGAAAAAGCGAACUCCACACUCCCUCAGCGUCGCACUUCCUCUUAAGACGAUGCCUUGCCCCCCCUCCGCUCCCUUCCCUUCCAUUCCUCGCCACCGCCGCCAUCCAUCUGCUCGAUCACCACUUCACCACCAACACCAUCGCCUUCCGCCCGCGGCGGUGCCGGGGAGGUGGCCGGCGGCAUGUCCAUGUCGAGCGGCGGCGGGCCGUCUGGGCCGCAGCGGCAGCGGUCGACGACACUGGGGCCGCGGGGCAUGUCGCGGGCGAUCACCAUGCGGACGGACGGUUUGUCCGGUGAGGAAGGCGGGGAUCCAAUCAUCGUGGAGACCGAGCUCGUGCCGUCCUCGCUCGCGCCCAUCGUCCCAAUCCUCCGCGCGGCCAAUGAGAUUGAGGAGGAGAACCCGCGCGUCGCAUACCUCUGCCGGUUUACUGCAUUUGAGAAGGCACACACCAUGGAUCCAAACUCGAGUUGGCGUGGAGUUCGGCAGUUCAAAACAUACCUGUUGCAUAGGCUGGAAAAGGAUGAACAAGAGACAACACGUAGGCUUGCGUCAACUGAUGCAACAGAGAUUCAGAGGUUCUAUGAGCAGUAUUGUAAAAAAAAUCUUGAGGAGGGUCUUCACAUGAGAAAACCGGAAGAGAUGUCCAGAUACUAUCAGAUUGCAUCCGUCCUAUAUGACGUGCUAAAAACUGUGAAACCUGAAAAGUCGAAGUUUGAUCAGUACGCUAAAGGGGUUGAGAAGGAGAAAGCUUCCUAUUCACAUUACAACAUUUUGCCCCUUAAUAUUUCUGGUCCCACACAACCAGUAAUGAACAUUCCUGAGAUAAGAGCAGCAGUACAUCUUCUUCGCAGGAUGGAGAAUCUUCCAAUGCCAAGGCCAGAUCUGCCUGCUGUGCCUGAAGAGAUAGAUGAACCUAACGUCCAUGACUUACUUGAUUGGCUCUGGCAAACAUUUGGAUUUCAGAAAGGUAAUGUGGAGAAUCAAAAGGAGCAUUUGAUUUUGCUGCUUGCCAACAUCGAUAUGAGAAAAGGUGGUGAAAGACACAUGAUAGAUAACGACACAGUGGAACACUUGAUGAAGAAGAUUUUUCAAAACUACAUUUCAUGGUGCCGUUAUUUGCAUUUGGAGUCAAACAUCAAAAUUCCAAACAAUGCCUCCACACAACAACCAGAGCUUCUUUACAUAGGGUUGUAUUUGCUGAUUUGGGGCGAAGCUUCUAAUGUUCGCUUUAUGCCUGAGUGCCUUUGUUAUAUAUUCCACCAUAUGGCAAGGGAUUUGUAUGACAUAAUAUCAGAUAAAAGUGAAGGUUCCUUUGACCCACCCUUCCGGCGAGAGGGGAGUGAUGAUGCAUUUCUGCAGCUGGUUAUCCAACCUAUAUACAGUAUUAUUCAGAAGGAAGCUGCAAUGAAUAAGGUUGGUACUGUUAGCCACUCAAAGUGGAGAAACUAUGAUGACCUGAAUGAAUACUUUUGGUCGAAGAAAUGCUUCAAACAGCUUGGGUGGCCAAUGGAUCCAACAGCUGACUUUUUUGCAGAUCCUACAAAAACGAAAAAUGAAAUUGAGCGACAUGAUCAUUCACUUAGCAGAAGGAGGAUGCCAAAAACAAAUUUUGUUGAAGUUCGUACGUUUUUGCACCUUUUCAGAAGUUUUGAUCGAAUGUGGUCUUUUUUCAUAUUAGCUUUCCAGGCGAUGGUAAUUAUUGCAUGGAGCCCUUCCGGGUCACUUUCUGCUAUCUUCGAUCCAGCUGUUUUCAGAAAUGUUAUGACAAUAUUCAUAACAGCUGCAUUUUUAAACUUCCUUCAAGCCACACUUGAGAUAGUUCUUAACUGGAAGGCUUGGAGGAGCCUGGUGUGCUCGCAGAUGAUACGGCAUAUUCUGAAAUUUGUUGUAGCUAUUGGCUGGUUGAUAAUUCUUCCAUCAACAUACUCAAGUUCUAUUCAAAAUCCCACAGGCCUUGUCAAGUUCUUCAGCAAUUGGAUUGGGAACUUACAGAGUCAAUCGAUUUAUAAUUUUGCAGUUGCGAUUUACAUGUUACCGAACAUUUUCAGUGCCUUGUUUUUCAUAUUUCUACCAAUACGAAGAGCAUUGGAACGUUCAAAUUCACGUUUUGUUAGAUUUCUCUUGUGGUGGACUCAGCCAAAGUUAUAUGUUGCCCGAGGCAUGUAUGAGGACACAUGUUCACUUCUUAAAUACACAACAUUCUGGAUUCUAUUGCUUAUAUGCAAGCUCGCCUUCAGUUUUUAUGUCGAGAUUUCUCCUCUAGUUGUACCUACCAGGAUAAUUAUGUUUUUGGGACGGGGGAAGUACGUGUGGCAUGAGUUCUUUCCAUACUUGCAGCAUAAUUUAGGUGUUGUUUUUACUGUAUGGGCACCGAUUGUCAUGGUAUACUUCAUGGACACACAAAUAUGGUAUGCUAUUUUUUCCACAAUAUGUGGUGGAGUAAACGGGGCCUUCAGCCGCUUGGGUGAGAUCCGAACCCUUGGGAUGUUAAGAUCAAGAUUUGAGGCAAUCCCAAGAGCUUUUGGUAAAAAGCUUGUGCCUGGAGAUGGUAUUAAAUCAAAGAGACGUGAACAGGAGGAGGAAAAAAAUCCGCAUAUUGAUAAGUUCUCUGAAAUAUGGAAUGCAUUUAUUAACUCUUUACGAGAAGAAGACUUAAUAAGCAAUAGGGAGAAAGACUUAUUGAUUGUCCCAUCAUCUGUGGGUGACACUAGCGUUUUUCAGUGGCCUCCUUUCCUUCUCGCUAGUAAGAUUCCAAUUGCAAUUGACAUGGCAAAGGGUGUCAAGAAAAAGGAUGAAGAAUUGCGAAAGAGGAUAAACCAAGAUCCAUAUACCUAUUAUGCUGUAGUAGAGUGCUAUGAGACAUUGUUAAUUAUUCUAUACAGCCUUAUAACAGAAGCAAGCGAUAGGAAAGUUAUUGAUCGAAUCAGUGAUAGCAUUACUGCAAGCAUACAUAAUCAGUCACUUGUGAAAGAUUUCCGACUGGAUGAACUUCCUCAUCUAAGUGCUAAGUUUGAGAAGUUGCUAAAGCUACUAUUGUCACCGAAAGCUGAGUCAGGGGAGCAUGACACCCCAGAGAAGACACAGAUUGCCAAUCUAUUACAGGAUACAAUGGAAAUCAUCACACAGGAUAUUAUGAAGAAUGGACAAGGUAUUUUGAAGGAUGAAAAUAAAGGCAAUCAACUAUUUGCAAAUCUAAAUCUGGACUCAAUAAAGAGUCAAGCUUGGAGGGAGAAGUGUGUUAGGCUUCAAUUGUUGUUGACAACGAAAGAAUCUGCAAUUUAUGUACCAAUAAACUUGGAAGCUCGGCGCAGGAUUACUUUUUUUGCGAAUUCACUGUUUAUGAAAAUGCCAAGGGCUCCACCGGUCCGCAGCAUGAUGUCCUUCAGUGUUUUAACUCCAUACUUCAAAGAGGAGGUGCUCUUUUCAAAAGAUGAUCUUUAUGAAAAAAAUGAGGACGGGAUAUCCAUACUGUUCUAUUUACGGAAAAUUUAUCCAGACGAAUGGAAAAAUUUUCUUGAACGGAUACAGUUCAAACCGAAGGAUGAAGAUUCCCUUAAAUCAGAGAUGGAUCGCAUCGCACCCUGGGCAUCAUAUAGGGGACAAACGCUCACCAGGACAGUGAGAGGAAUGAUGUAUUAUAGGAGGGCACUUGAGAUUCAGUCUAUUCAUGAUAGAACUGAUAUUGCUAAACUGGAGCGUCAAAAAACAACCGCAUCCUAUCAAGAGGGUGGGUCCAUUGUAGAUACGGCGGCACUGGCCAUUGCUGAUAUCAAAUUCACAUAUGUUGUCUCUUGUCAAGUCUAUGGCAUGCACAAAAUAUCCAAGGAUGCAAAAGAGAAAGUUUGCUAUCUGAACAUCCUUAAUCUCAUGAUAACGUAUCCAUCGUUACGAAUUGCAUAUAUUGAUGAGGUAGAAGCUCCGACUAGAAAUGGAACGACAGAGAAGACUUAUUAUUCUGUUCUUGUCAAAGGAGUAGGUGAAAAGUAUGAUGAGGAAAUUUACCGCAUCAAGCUUCCUGGCAAACCCACAGAAAUUGGAGAGGGAAAACCUGAAAAUCAAAAUCAUGCCAUAAUUUUCACCAGGGGAGAAGCCCUCCAGGCCAUUGAUAUGAAUCAGGAUAAUUACCUCGAAGAGGCCUUUAAAAUGAGAAAUGUACUGGAGGAGUUCGCGAGUGAUGAUUAUGGAAAGAGCAAACCCACUAUAUUAGGUCUUCGAGAGCACAUUUUUACUGGAAGUGUUUCAUCACUUGCUUGGUUUAUGUCCAAUCAAGAGAACAGCUUUGUUACCAUUGGACAACGGGUUCUGGCAAAUCCUCUCAAGGUUCGGUUUCAUUAUGGUCAUCCUGAUAUCUUUGAUAGACUCUUCCACAUUACUAGGGGUGGCAUAAGUAAAGCUUCCAAAACUAUAAAUUUAAGUGAAGAUAUAUUUUCAGGUUUUAACUCAACAAUGAGAGAAGGAAAUAUCACACAUCAUGAAUACAUGCAAGUCGGUAAAGGGCGUGAUGUUGGAAUGAACCAAAUUUCAAGCUUUGAAGCUAAGGUCGCCAAUGGCAAUGGUGAACAAACAUUAAGUCGUGACAUCUAUCGUCUUGGACGCAGAUUUGACUUCUAUAGAAUGCUAUCUUUCUACUUCACUACAGUUGGCUUUUAUUUCAGUAGCAUGGUUACUGUACUUACUGUCUAUGUAUUUUUGUAUGGGAGGUUAUAUCUCGUUAUGAGUGGCCUGGAAAAGUCUAUUUUGCUGGAUCCACGUAUUCAAGCGGACAUCAGGCCCCUUGAAAAUGCGCUAGCUUCACAGUCUGUUUUCCAGCUUGGUUUGCUGCUUGUUCUGCCUAUGGUCAUGGAAGUCGGCUUAGAGAAGGGAUUCCGCACAGCGUUAGGAGAGUUUGUCAUCAUGCAGCUUCAGUUGGCCUCUGUGUUCUUCACAUUCCAGCUUGGCACCAAAACACAUCACUAUGGGCGAACAAUACUCCAUGGUGGCGCUAAAUACAGGCCUACAGGCCGUGGCUUUGUUGUGUGCCAUGCAAAGUUUGCUGACAAUUAUCGCGUGUACUCCCGUAGCCACUUUGUUAAAGGACUUGAACUGUUGAUACUUCUGGUUGUGUAUCUUGUUUACGGAAAGUCCUACCGCGGCUCGAAGUUGUACCUAUUUGUAACAUUCUCCAUAUGGUUCCUGGUUGCAUCAUGGCUCUUUGCACCGUUUAUCUUCAAUCCAUCAUGUUUUGAGUGGCAGAAGACCGUUGAUGACUGGACAGAUUGGAGGAAAUGGAUGGGGAACCGAGGGGGUAUCGGCAUGUUAGGGGAACAGAGCUGGGAGGCUUGGUGGACAACUGAACAGGAGCAUCUCAGGAAGACUAGUAUUCGUGCUCUUCUCUUGGAAAUCAUCCUCUCGCUUCGUUUCUUGAUCUACCAGUAUGGUAUUGUGUACCAGCUGAACAUAGCACGCCACAACACAAGCAUUCUGGUAUACGGAUUGUCAUGGUUGGUUAUGCUGACAGUUCUAGUAGUUCUGAAGAUGGUUUCAAUAGGACGGCAAAAAUUUGGGACGGACCUGCAGCUUACUUUUCGCAUCCUGAAGGGCCUUCUCUUCCUUGGAUUUGUUUCUGUGAUGGCGGUCCUAUUUGUUGUAUGUGAACUCACAAUUUCUGAUGUCUUUGCCAGUAUUCUCGGGUUCCUACCUACUGGUUGGUGUAUCCUUCUGAUCGGGCAAGCAUGCUAUCCGGUGAUUAAGAAGACUACGCUAUGGGAGUCUAUCAUGGAGCUCGGGAGGGCAUACGACAACAUCAUGGGCCUCGUCCUCUUCCUUCCCAUCGGCUUCUUGUCAUGGUUUCCCUUCGUCUCAGAGUUCCAAACAAGGUUGCUCUUCAACCAAGCCUUCAGUCGGGGCCUCCAAAUUUCAAGGAUCCUUGCCGGUCAGAAGGACAUGGGGGAGUUCGAGUGACCAGUUUCAUUGCCUGCACUGUGUACUCGUGUAGGCAGCAAAGCAAGAUACAUGCUCCAGGUCAUGUGUUACGAUCGAUUUUGGGUGUCUGUACCUUGAUAGGACCUUAGUUCUUCUGCUAUGUAGCUUUCCUUUUGUAGAAUAUGACAUAGUAAAAUAUUAACAUUACUAUUAAUAUUAACAUAGUAAUGAAGAUAUCAUCUAUAUAGAGAGCCAAAA